GAUGUGGCAACUGUACUUGUAGCAUCCUCCGUCACGCGCGACAGGGAAAUCAGCGGAGCGGUCAAAGAGAAUAAAGACAGAGAGUGCGUCUCGGAGACAUUGUCACUCACUGUCGUGUCCCGUGCACACCGAGUCAUCUUCCAUUUUUCGCCAUGAACAAACGACCUCCGCCACCAGUCUCCGCCGAUCUCAGCUCUCGCGAGUUUGAGGUUUCGUCACUCUCGAAUCAGAGUGGUUUCCCUAAUGAUAGCAUGGCUGAGUGGAAGCACAAGUUAACAAUGCUUUUAAAUGACAAGAGUAAGCAAGAGGAGGUCUCGAGGGAGAAAAAGGAUAGGCGUGAUUUUGAGCAACUAGCCGCUUUGGCCAAGAUAAUGGGGCUGUAUAGCCAUAAGUAUGGAAAAGUUGUUGUCUUCAGUAAGGUCCCGCUUCCAAACUACAGACGUGAUUUGGAUGAUAAACGCCCGCUGAGAGAGGUGAACCUGCAUAGUACUGUGUUAAGGCGAGUUGAUGCAUAUCUUGAAGAUUACAAAACCAAAAAGUCCAGAAUGAAGAAAAGCUUUUCAGAAUUGUUGUCUGCAAGGCCAAUCAGUAGCUGUGGUAUUGGUACAGAUGAAGAGCUCUAUGAGCAACCUGAGCUACUAAUAUCUAGUAAAGCUGUUCUGGAGACAAUUCUCUGGCAGAAAAGUUUACAAAUGCGUGACGAGCAACAAGCUUGGCAGGAAUCACCAGAAGGAAGGAGAAUGCUGGAAUUUCGUUGCAGUCUCCCUGCUUAUAAAGAGAAGGAAGCAAUAUUAUCAGCCAUUUCAAGGAAUCAGGUACUUGUCAUUUCAGGUGAAACAGGUUGUGGGAAGACAACACAACUUCCACAGUUUAUUUUAGAAUCUGAGAUAGGAUCAGUUCGUGGGGCUGUUUGUAAUAUUAUAUGCACACAACCAAGACGCAUUUCAGCAAUUUCUGUCUCUGAAAGGGUUGCUUCUGAAAGAGGGGAGAAAUUGGGUGAAUCUGUUGGCUAUAAAGUUAGACUUGAGGGCAUGAAAGGGAGAGAUACCCAUCUUCUCUUUUGCACCACAGGCAUCUUACUAAGAAGACUACUAGUUGAUAGAAGCUUAAAAGGCGUAACCCAUAUUAUUGUGGAUGAAAUUCAUGAGCGUGGGAUUAAUGAAGAUUUUCUGCUUGUUGUCCUUAAAGAUCUCCUAGCUCGCCGACGAGAAUUGAAACUGAUUUUGAUGAGUGCCACCCUUGAUGCGGAUCUCUUCUCUUCAUACUUUAAUGGAGCUUCAAUCAUGAAGAUCCCGGGCUUCACCUACCCCGUUAGAACUCAUUUUUUGGAGGACAUUCUGGAAACGUCGGGGUACAGAUUGACCCCGGAGAAUCAAAUUGAUGAUUAUGGUCAGGAAAGGAUUUGGAAAAUGAACAAGCAGGCUCCAAGAAAGAGGAAAAGCCAAAUUGCUUCUGCUGUAGAGGAUGCAUUAAGAGAUGCUGAUUUCAAAGAUUAUAGUCUGCAAACAAGGGAGUCUUUGUCAUGUUGGAAUCCUGACUGCAUUGGUUUUAACCUAAUAGAAUACAUCUUAUGCAAUAUAUGUGAGAAUGAAAGGCCAGGUGCUGUUUUGGUUUUUAUGACUGGGUGGGAUGAUAUAAGUGCUCUGAAGGAGAAGCUCCUAACACAUCCUGUCUUGGGAGAUCCAAGCCAAGUCUUGUUGCUUACGUGUCAUGGUUCAAUGGCCAGUUCGGAGCAGAGGUUAAUAUUUGAAGAGCCUGAAGAUGGAGUACGAAAAAUAGUGCUAGCAACAAAUAUUGCUGAAACUAGUAUCACCAUAAAUGAUGUUGUUUUUGUUCUUGACUGUGGAAAGGCAAAAGAAUCAUCAUAUGAUGCACUUAAUAACACACCUUGUUUGCUUCCCACCUGGAUCUCCAAAGUUUCUGUUCAACAAAGAAAAGGAAGAGCUGGUCGUGUUCAACCGGGAGAAUGUUACCAUCUUUAUCCUAGAUGUGUAUAUGGUGCUUUUGCAGAAUAUCAAUUGCCAGAAAUUUUGAGGACACCUUUGCAAUCUCUCUGUCUGCAAAUCAAAAGUUUAAAACUAGGAAGUAUAUCUGAGUUCUUGUCUAGGGCUUUACAGUCUCCUGAGAUACUUGCGGUGCAAAAUGCAAUUGAAUAUUUAAAAAUAAUUGGAGCUUUGGAUGAGAAUGAGAAUCUGACUAUUCUAGGCCACUAUUUGACAAAGUUUCCAAUGGAACCAAAACUUGGCAAGAUGCUUAUAUUUGGUGCUAUCUUCAAUUGCCUGGAUCCAAUAUUAACUAUAGCUGCUGGUCUUAGUGUGAGAGAUCCUUUUCUAACACCUUUGGAUAAAAAGGACCUUGCAGAGGCAGCAAAAUCUCAGUUCUGCCAUGAAUACAGUGACCACCUUACUCUUGUGAGAGCUUAUGAGGGCUGGAAGGAUGCUGAAAUUGACCAAGCAGGGCAAGAAUAUUGCUGGAAGAAUUUUCUUUCAGCACAAUCCAUGAAAGCUAUUGAUGGGCUUCGGAUAGAAUUCUUAUCCCUCCUCAAGGAUAUUGGAUUAGUUGAUAGCAACACAACCAGCUGCAAUUCAUGGAGCUAUGAUAUGUAUCUCAUACGAGCAGCUGUUUGCUAUGGGCUAUAUCCCGGAAUUUGCUCUGUUGUGCAUAAUGAGAAGUCAUUUUCUCUGAAAACAAUGGAGGAUGGCCAAGUUCUCUUACAUUCGAAUUCAGUUAAUGCUCGGGAAACUAAAAUUCCAUAUCCAUGGCUAGUUUUUAAUGAGAAGAUAAAAGUGAACUCAGUAUUUCUCCGUGACUCAACAGCUGUGUCUGAUUCAGUGGUGCUUCUUUUUGGUGGCAGCAUCUCAAAAGGAGAUACUGAUGGUCACUUAAAAAUGUUUGGAGGAUAUCUGGAGUUUUUCAUGAAGGCUGAUGUUGCUGACAUGUACCUGAGUAUAAGGAGAGAACUUGACAUCUUCAUUCAGAGCAAACUACUAUCUCCAAUGAUGGGUAUACACUCAUUUCACGAACUCCUGUCUGCUGUACGGUUCCUGAUUUCUGACAACAAAGGUGAAGGCAAAUUUCUAUUCAGUUGCCAGCUACUUGGACCGUCAAAGCCAUCUACAGUGUCAUUACCGCAGGCAUUGGUUUCAAGGACUGAGAGUGGACCUGGCGGUGAUAACUCCAAAAGUCAGCUUCAAACAUUGCUGACACGUGCCGGAUAUGAUGUUCCCUUAUACAAGACCAUACAAUUGAAGAACAAUCAGUUUCAGUCUACAGUUGAGUUUCAAGGAGUGCAGUUAAUGGGACAACCUUGUAACAACAAGAAGAAUGCAGAAAAAGAUGCUGCAGCUGAGGCACUAGAGUGGCUUAUGAGUAGAAGUCAGACAGGGAAUGAGUACACCAAUAACAUGACAAUGCUAAAAAAAAUUAAGAAGGAUCAUAAUUAAGCAGUCAACUAUAAUGAGCUUUCUGGGAAGGCAAUAGAAUUCAAGAUGAAUGUACUUGAUGAAAUCUUCCACUCAUGAAAUAGAUGGACAGAAAGGCAUGGCAGCACUGUUAAGAUGAGCCUGUUUGGAUGCGUACCAAGUAGCCCUUAUCGAACCUUAUUAGUGCAUUUUUUAAGAAGCUCCAGUAAGUGCUUUUUGAUAUGUUUCCAAACGAGCUCGUGCCUGGGGCUUUGAGCCAAUUUUGGAGCUAAUAUAACAGUCAUCUCCAACCUUCACCCAAAGCAGAUAAUGGAUAUUUUGUGUACUUGAAGCAACAAUUGCCAUUGAAAGCUUGAGGGCGAUUAAAUGUCCAGUUUGAUGCAUUACCAUCCUAAGUGGGACAAAAGAUGGUUAAGCAGAUUCCCUUUACAUUGGAAGGAGAGUGGAGUGUAUUCAUUCAUAAAUUAUAAGCACAUCCAUGGCAGCAUGUUCCAGAGGUUCAAUAUCAUUUUGGUACCACAAGAUAUUUGUUUAUGCAUGUAUUCAGGAUAUUGUGGAGUUCUGUUUAAUUUUAGAUGCUAAAUGUGAUUGUGAAUAUUACGAAUUAUGGAUAUAUGCAAGAAUCUAUUUAAAUGGCCUCCUCAACGAAGACAAGGAGAUUUAUUUUUCAGUUUA